GUGUACGAUAUUCGAUGUCAGCAGAUGCGAAGAAAAUAUAAAUAACAGCUGAUCCAAGUUUAUCGGCUGAUAAGAGAUUUGUGGCCGUAUAGAGGGGAUCAAAAAGUUCUCGCAAGUUAUUAAUCUAGACGCAAUAGUGUUUUGUGCAAAAAGCUUCAAUGGAGGUAAACCCACUCAGCAUCAUUAUGGUUAAAUCGGACAGCAAAGGUGACCGGUUGCUGUUCCGCUAUCCGUAUAACGUUCCCCAACAUCAGACCAGUGUGAUUCCUUCUCGGAAGACACCCUACUCCAUCGUACAAAACGGAGACGACAUUCUACAGAAUGCUCCACCAGCAGUAUCCCAUAUCUGCUUUGAUCAGUUGUAUGGAAUCUCGGAUGACGUACUAGCCACGCUAUUUGCGGUAAAAUCGGAGCUGUGCAAUCAAAAGUUUGAACUGAAGGUGAACGAUGUACGUUUCGUGUCACAUCCGACACUGGUAAAGAUUGAAAGCGAGGACCAGAAGAAUUCUGCCUUCUUCCGAAUAAAUAUUGUAUUCGCUCUGCACGCACAAGCAAGUUACUCAAUUGUUAAAUGCUACUAUGAGUUAAGCAAACGAAUUGGAGUUGCGCUACUGUACGAAGAACGCCGGGCAGGGUACCUAUCAAACGAGAUGAAGAUGAUGGUAGCAUGUAUAGAUGAGGUAGCAGCAGCUGCUCAAGAACAUGACAACGCAACCAGCGGUAACGUAAAUUUAUUCGAUACGAUUUUGCGGGAUAGUAGUUUGGCACAGUUCAUCAAGACAAUAUACCAGGAUUUGUGCACGACGGGGUUGUUAAAUGUUACAAUGAAUCAAUCGGUCACGUUAAGCUUUUGUCUGCCUCAGAAAGCACACCAGUUCCACAAAAAAGGAGUCAUUGUUGAGCCAGAAGCUAUUGAUAAGUGUUUGCACGCGUUGAAACCUUACCACGGCAUGCUUCUACUGGUUGAUCCAUCCGAGCUUCUGGACUGUGUGCCUCCUUCCGGAGCACGUAUGCUUCUUCAGCUUAUUGAAGCUUACAAUCCACUGAAAAGUCUUCAAAACAUGGCAUCUGACGCCGAUCUGUUGAUCGAUCAUGUUUAUCAACUGGUGGGUCAUCUUGUAUACUGGGCGAAGGCUACAAUAAUCUAUCCAUUAUGCGAAACUAAUGUGUAUGUGAUAGCACCAGAUGCCCAGUUGAACAUCCACUCUAAUUUGUCAGAUAAAUUCUCGACCAAAUUUCCUGGCAUGUCACUUUUUGAAGUGAUCAGUGACUUCUCACUGCCAACAUCGAUAGGGCACCUGACCACGCCGUUACAGCAUCCAGCUAGACAAGGCCGGUUGGCUCAGAUGGUUCUGUGGAUGCUACAGCAUCAUUUGCUGAUGCAACUGCACACCUACGUCCAGUUCAUUGCUUCGUACGACGAAGAAGAGUUCCAUUCUGCAUUGAAGGAGGAUCAUUCGGAAGAAGCGCGAGAUACGGGGGUUGAGCAAGAACAUCAACAAGUGAUGAAUGAAAAAAUUAACGCGUCUUGCAGUUCUCUCGCGAAUGCUUCUAGUCAACCUCUAGCAGUGCCCAUGAACAGAAAACAUUCCCUCUCGGAAGAUCUGUAUCCGGAUAGUCUAACGCUAGCAUCGACUACUUCGAACACUCGACCCUCAUCUGCCAGCCACAGGUCCAACAUUAGUCAUUCGAGUGUUGGUCAAACCGCCUCCAGCACUGACAACGACGAGAGCAUAGCUUCGAUGGAAGACGAGGAUAAAAUUAAACGGCUGCUUUCGGUUUUUGACGAGUGCGAUCGGAAAGCUAUAUUAAACAUUCCUGCUGCGUCCAAUCCAGAAGAUCUUGCCCUAAUGGUACGUUUGUGGCAGGCCGGAUACUUUAAAGGGGAGCACCAUCUGGAAGAGAUAAUGUAUUUCGAAAACCUAAGACGUUCACAGUUGCUUCAACUGGUAGACAAAUUUCGAGGUGUUCUUAUUAUUUACGAAACUGAAGAUCCGGCUAUCGCCAGUUUGUAUACGGUACCAAAACAAUAGCCAGCACUGUAUAGCAUCCAAACAAGUGUGAGUAUAACAAUAAAAUUUUAUUGAUUAUAA